GGAUAUUUUAAAUACUUAUACAUCCUUGGUUUUAGUCACAUAUUGAAUAGCAUAUCUAUUAUUAAUUUUCCCCCGUAAAGCGUGCAUAACUAUUAGUAAGGACGUUCUCUCGUCUAAAAUAUACGAGUACGGUAUUUUCCGUACAUUAGUCGAUCAAGGCAAAACUUCAUAACAUCCAGAAAAGCAGCUGGAGAUUAUGAUGCAGUUAGCUGACGGCGUCGAUGUAACAGGGGAAUUUGAGCAAAAUAUUAAACUACCUUUUACAAUGAAGACUUGUUUAGUCAUGAAUAGUCCAGAAAAAGUUUUUUCUCAACCAACGGUGUAUCAUAAAUCCAAUGUUAGCGAGUGCAGAACAGGGGAGUCUUCUGGGGAGAGAGCCCAAAUGAUGGAGAAAGGAGAGCCUCAACCAAGAACCCCUCAAGGAGAACUUGCAGAGGAACCAUUGGAAGGAUAUGACUUUGACUUCUGCCCACCACUAGAUUCCAAGUAUGAAUGCCCCAUCUGCCUCAUGUGUCUGAGGGACCCCUAUCAAACCUACUGUGGACAUCGCUUCUGUAAAUAUUGUAUAUUUAAAUGGCUCAGGGAAGAAAAACACAGAUGCCCAGUGGAUAAUGUUUUGUUAGAUGAGCAAAAUAUCUAUCCAGAUAAUUUUGCCAAAAGGGAAAUCCUUGGCUUAAAACUAAAGUGUCCAAAUUAUAGUCAUGGAUGUAGGUUCAUUAUUGAACUGUGUAAUCUGGAGAGUCACUUACAGUCCUGUUUUUAUGCCCUUAUACCAUGUCCACAAUGCUGUCCAGCAGUUCUGCCUAGAAAGGACCUCAAAGAUCACAUUGAACAAAGCUGCCCACGGCGCUACGUCCAGUGUGAUUACUGCUUUCAAAGUAUAUUUCUAAGUUCAAAGCAGAAACAUCUCUUGGAAUGUCCAUUUGUGCCAACUCAGUGCAAAUACUGUGAUAUACUCCUUACCAGGGAAAAGCUAAAAAAGCAUAUCAGAACAGAGUGUCAAAAAGCAAUAGUAAAGUGUCGAUUCUAUGAGUUUGGAUGCAAAACAGAGGUGAGGCGAUCAUGUAUAGAUGAACAUGAAGAACAACAGAGCCAACAGCAUCUUUGGUUACUAUGUGGUGCAGUGAAGGAGUUGUACCGUCUGCUUUACACCAUAGUUCCCCAGGGAGUAUCGCCACUACCUAGUUUAGGGGCACCUGCCUCUGCCCCACCUGUUUUAACACAUACUGACCUUCAGCUAGAUGACCAGCUGACCAGUCUGAAUUUAAGUGAUGAUAGUAGCCUCAAUGCUCUCCCUUCCUCGGAUUUUACAAAUGAUCUACCUGCACUGAAAAAUGCAAUUUUGCAAGUUAGAAGACUUAUACAACUUCAUGUAAAACCUAUCAAUUUCAAUCCUGAGAGUACUCAGAUGAUGAACAUCACCAAAAUUGAGAGUGAUCCUACUGCAAUGCAAUCAGCAAGAUUCGAUUCCCAACAGAAUGCUCCACCACAGGAACAUGAAUCUGUACUUUCAUCAGUUCAGACCAAAAAGUUACAAUCAUUGCAAGAGAAGACUGCCUAUCAAGAUGAGAGAAUGACCGGUCAGAGUCAACAGUUAAAAGAAACCCAAGCCAAACUGUCCAGUAUAGAAAAAAAAUUAGAUGAGUAUAGAAUCAGGACUCGACAGCUGGAGAGUCAAGUCAGUGAAAUGGAAGCCAGAAGUUGUAAUGGAAAUUUUUACUGGGUGAUUAAGAAUUAUUCUAGAUUAAGAAGAGAAGCAAUGUCUGGUGAUAAUACAGUACUUCACAGUCCAGGGUUUUAUACAAGUUUUCAUGGGUAUAAAUUGUGUGUGCGUCUCAAUUUGAAUGGGGUAGAUUCUGCUCAUGGAACACAUCUUUCACUGUUCAUCCACUUUAUGCAGGGAGAGUUUGAUAGUUUUCUGGAGUGGCCAUUUGGUGGAAGAAUAACACUGACCAUUAUGGAUCAGAAUGAAGCAUGUGAAUUAAGACAACACAUAACAGAAACAUUAAUUGCAAAACCUCAUUUAGCUGCUUUUCAAAAACCUCGUGCACAUCGAAAUCACAAGGGAUUUGGUUACAUGGAGUUUGCACCAUUGAGUCUUAUUGAAAAUUCACAGUAUGUGAAGAAUGAUUCUCUGAUCAUUCAUGCACAAGUAGUUGCCCAAUAAUAUACUUAGGAAAAUUAACUUACAUAUUAUCUAGAACUCUGAAACUUUAUAUUACACAAAAGGAGAAGCAGAGAAGGACAUGUGGUACACUUAAGUCCCAUUUUUGUUUGCAAUAUUUUUUUAGUCUUACAGCCUUUAAUGAAUAGCUGUAUGCAUGUACCUUGAAGCUGAAAGAAGAAAAAUUGCUAUAUGUAUUUUCUUUAGUCUUCCCAUUUCCUUUUACUUCUACUUGAAAUUAAUUAUUGUUCCAUUUGGUACCAUCACUUCAACUUUUGAGUACAGCAGACUUAUAAAGAAUUUUGCAUAUGGCAUUCAUGUCUCUUUUUAUGCACAGUCACAGUAGUGACUGUACAUAUAGUCAUCACCCAAGUCAAUCAGCAGCAGAAGGGACAUGCACUUUUCUUGGAAAACUCAAAACUGAGACAUUAUGUUACAUUAAACCUGCUUGAGUCGCCUGUAGGGUUAAAAUACAGGUUAAUCCAAAAAUGUGUCUGAUGUACAAUUAAUUAGUUAACUUUUUUUAAUGGGAUGCAAAUAUGUGUUUCAUUUUGCUUCAGUAAUACUUAGAAAAAAACUGUUUUGCUUCAUAAUUGGCACCAGCCAUCCAAAGGACUGUAAUAUGUAGGUAGAUCACCUAUCAAAUUCCUUCAUUAGUGCAUAUUGUGGAAAGUUAUUACAUUUUAAAUUAUGAUUUUGUGUUUUUAUUCUAGCCUGUAUACUUCAAAUGUGAAUUUACCAACACAAUCAGCUCCUGCAGUUGAAUGUCAUGCAGCUAGCAUAUUGCAGCAUUUCUUUUCUUUGGAUUUCAUUUGAUAAGGAACUGAGAAGAAACUUAUCCCUUUUGCAACAUCACAUUUAUCUGUACAUCCAUUUGCUUUACAAACAGGCAAAGCCCCAUGAAGUACAUGUUGAAGGUGAUAGGGCAAUGUCAUUUUUCUACAUGAUAAUUGAAAAUGCGGUUCUGACAGAAACCAGUUAGGUGCAGACAUGUACUUACUUUGGGAGAUUCCAGUCUUUACAUUUAAAUUCAGGUUCGUGGGCAUGACCAGUUUAUCUUACAACUGAAAAUAAUCAAUUUUGUAACACGGAUUUAUAAAUCAUAAUUCUAAGGUACAUGUAGUUCCUGAACCAUUUUUUAAGGCUGAAUUUACAAACACUUGAUUGUACAAUUGAUAGCCGCGACUGCCUUUUUCGCUAUAUCUUUACUUGCAAAUAUUAGAAAAAAAGGCAUGAAAAUUGAAAAAAAAAAUUUUCUAAAAACUUUUAUUGAUACUGUAGUGAUAAUAGGUAAAUGAUAUGCACUACUAGGUAUACUUAAAGUGUUCCUAUGAUUGCUAUAUUGGCCAGUAUAUUAUUUAUGUCACUGUUAUUUUAGUUAAGACAUACUGAUAAGGCGCAGAACAUAAAUAGACAUGAGCCAAGGUUUAAAACAAAAACUCUCUGAAUAUUAUCAUGGGACCCAACACCUAACCAUGUCAGGAACCAUCAGCAUUGAAUUAAAAAAUGCAGAAUUCCACGUUUCCACAGAAAAAGCUCAUGUCUGAUAAAUAGAUGAAAUAUUUAUGAGCUGAAAAAGACUCUUCUGAAUAUAAAUGUAUAAAAUGUGAAGAGUUACACCAAUACCAGUGCCAUGAAGAAAAUCCCAUGUAACUUCUAAACCAGGGGGUGGUCUGAUUACUCUUGUCCUCAUAUUAUCACUGGAACUUAUUAGGUGGCUUAGUUACACUUUGCAUCUUUAAAGGAGAUGCAUGUAACAAUUGUGUGUUUUUUUUUUCUCUUGGUAGAGUGAUGGCAUGAUUAAUUGUGAGUUAUAAGACUCAUUCAAUCAUUAAUUGCAAUUUGUGUAUGACAUAUAAUUUCAAAAUUGUUCCCUCUGCUAUUACAGUGGCAAAGGUGCAAGUUAAAGGUAACAUACUACAAGUUUAAUGCUACUUUGGAAAGUUCAUAAAACUGGAAAACCACAAGUUGGAUAUUUUACCAAUUAAUUUGCAAAACUCUCAAGGAAUGUCAGAUGCUUUAUUCUUUAUAGUCUGUUGAGCUAAAACUGUUGUUGAAUAGAAAUGGGUCUUGCAGUUUUGGCAAUUAUUAUUACAUGAAACCUAUGGAACCCUCUGGCAACUGCAAUCUACUUUUUGCGUUUGAUGAAUUAUAGCCGUCUGUCUUGAUAUACAUAAUGUUGCUAACAUAUUACAGUUGAUUUCGUGAUUGUGAAUAAGGAAAUAUUGAUUUAUGGAAGGCACAAAGACUGCAGUAGAUCACAUGAUUUUUGAGUAUAAGAUUUCCAUGAAGAUAGAUCAUCCACCACUUUUCUUCAGUAAUUGACACAUGUUUAUUAAUUUCAUUAGCCAAAGUCAUAAUAACUGCAGCCUCUUAUCAGGUAGGGGUUUGAGCAAAUUGUUAUUUACUUUUUGAUUCUAGUUAUAUCUGAAUCUAGUUAUUUGUAGUUUUCACACAAUUGCACUGCUUUUUGUUAGAUUAGGCAGUAUGGAAAAAAUAAAGGUUAUAGCACAAUCAUUAUUCAGACCAUUGUAAUGUAGAAUUUCCAUCAAAAUAAUAUUUAAUUUCAAUUGUUUACAACUGCACAUUGUAUGCAUUUUUGUAACAGUAAAUCCCUUAUAAGAUUGGAACAGCUUUUAAGAGUUUUGAAAAUUGUUAUAUUUCAUUAUUUAUGUCAUAUUUUACUUAAAUAACAACACGUUUUGUGCUAAGUGUAGCAGCACAAGUGAUUGAUGUUUGAAUAGGAAACAAGUUAUAAUAUUGGUUUUGUUUUUAUUAAUAAACCAAAUAAAAUCAUGGUUAAAUUUUG